UUGUAUGUGAAGUGGAUGAGCAACUGGUGGAGAAGCUGAAAAAGUUUCGUUUCCGCAAGGAGACCAACAAUGCCGCCAUCAUCAUGAAAAUAGACAAAGACAGACGCCUUGUGGUGCUGGAAGAGGAGCAUGAGGGGAUCUCUCCAGAUGAGCUGAAAGAUGAACUGCCAGAAAGACAGCCCAGAUUCAUAGUGUACAGUUAUAAAUACCAGCAUGACGACGGAAGGGUCUCGUACCCUUUGUGUUUCAUCUUUUCCAGCCCAGUAGGCUGCAAGCCGGAACAGCAGAUGAUGUACGCCGGCAGCAAAAACAAGCUUGUUCAGGAAGCUGAACUCACAAAGGUAUUUGAGAUCCGAAACACCGAGGACCUAACCGAAGAAUGGCUGAUCGAGAAGCUGGGUUUUUUCCACUAAACUCUUUAUUUUUCUUUGUUAAAAGAGCCCAAUGUAUUCCCUUUGUACUUCUUAAUUCACCAUUUAGACAAGAUGUCCGCCCACUUGCAGAGUAUCUGUGCAGCAAACACGUGCUGAGUUCCUUAAAAUAAACCAACGGCUUAACUCUUUCCCAGGCAGCCCCAGCCUGCGAGGCCGCUCGGGGUUGAAGAUGAGGGAAAAAGGGCAGGGAUGGGCAAUCUAAGGGGCCACCCUGACCUGGGGAAGGGACUACAAGGGUCAGCAGGCCUUACCAGUUGGUAGAGCCAGCUGCGGCUUGUAGUUCCUUUAUCGCCUGAAGGCUGGAUAUUGCCCUUGUAAUCCUGGUCACACUGGAGCUUGACAUUUAUGUUUUGGAUU